AUGGCACACAACCUCACCACAAAAAUUGUCACAUCCUCGGACGGGGCGAAGAUAUACGCAGAGGGUGCUGGUAAUCCCAACGGUCCGGGCAUCGUAUUCGUGCACGGGUUGUCCUUGACAGCAGCGGUUUUCGAUCGUUUCUUCGAGGACCAUGAACUGCUGAAAGAAUUCCAUCUGGUGCGUUAUGAUUUACGAGGUCACGGCCGCAGUGCAAAGCCAGAUACUAUCGAAGGCCAUGCAUCGUCAUUGUACGCUGACGAUUUUGUCGCUGUUGCCAAUGCAUUCGGUCUGAAGAAGCCCUACACUCGGACUGUUGCGGCCGAUUAUGCCCAAUACGUGCAACCCCUACCCGUAUCCGGUGUCAUAUAUGCUUGCUCACUCCCAUAUGUCGGUCCAAUCAUGAACGUCGUCGGUCUGCCUGCUAUCCUGGGUUUCCUUCCUGGCCUAUUGACGACCGACGACGUUGUGUUGAACCGCCGCACCGCCAUCGAGUUCGGUGACUCUGUCUGGGCGGAACCAGAAAAAGUCCCCUUCAAGACCCGAUGCGAGUGGGUCGGCUCCUCAAUCUUCCAAUCCCCGAAAGACGCCAAUUUCGUCCUCACCCGACCUCAGGACCCCGCAGGCUUAUUCAAGGCUGGUUCAGAGGGUCUACCCCUACUUGUCCUUAGCGGCACGGCGGAUAGGCAAGUUGAUGGGGAAGUGCUUGUUAGGGAGAUGAAGCCGCAUUUCAAGGACUUUGAUGCGAAGUUCUUCGAGGGUGCAGGUCAUGCUGUCUUCUACGACGCAUACGAAGGGACUCGCGAAGCGACAGUAUCUUUUGUCCGUCGAGUAACCGCAUAGAGAAAGUUGGCUUCUUGAGCGCCACUUCUUCCGGGCUCAGUAGAUUACCAAGGGCAAUAUGUGCGCUGACUACACUAAGAUACCUGUAUAUCCAGGGAAGUUUUUACUCCAUACCUGCAAGUUGA